AAGAAGCUUUGCUCAUUCCUCCACACACCCUUCAUUCCUAGUCACUCAUUCACACAACAAAAUGAAAAGUAACUCAACCUCUGUUCUCUCUGUUCCUCUCCACACCCUUCUUGUAUCUUUUCUUCUCUUCACACUCACACAUUCCUCUACUCUUGUCAAAGAUGGUGGAGAUGGUGGUGAUUUGGUGGACCAAAUAUGCAAAAAGACACCCUUUUAUGACCUCUGCAGCACAAUCCUCCACUCAAAUCCUCUAACUCCAAAGACUGAUCCAAAAGGCAUGGCCCUCAUCAUGGUCAACAACAUUCUAGCAAAUGCCACUGACACUCUUAAUUACAUUGAAAUGUUGAUUAAGCAAACCUCAGAUCAACAGUUGGAGCAGCAAUUAGCAUUUUGUGCUGAGUCAUACAUCCCAGUUGUGAAGUACAUUCUCCCACAAGCUGCUGAUGCUAUAAACCAAGGUAGAUUUGGGUUUGCAAAUUACUGCAUAUUUGAUGCUGAGAAGGAAUUGGAUGCUUGCAACAAGAAAUUCUCAGGCUCAGCAAAAUCACCAUUAGGUGAUAGAACUAGCAUUGUGCAACAGCUGGUGGAUGUGGCUGAAGCUAUAGUCAAACUAUUAAUACAUGGCUGAUUAUUUUAAUUUUAAUUUUUUUGUCUCUCUCCCCUGGCCUCUCAUUUCUAGUAGGAUUCUUAAUCAGUGUUCAUAUUAGUAUUCAAUAAAUAAGUGUUUUUGCAUGGUUGAGCUUGUAUGUGCAAAUUAUAUUAUAGUAGUUUGAAGGAGGUUUAUACACCACAAGUUUUCUGACAA